AUGCUGGGCGUUGAGCGACCCCACUUCUCGCUCGAGGUCGAACAGCCUCAGUCGACCUUUGCCGAGGGCAACGCGCGAUGGACCAACAAAGAUCUUGAUCCAGUGCCAAGGCACAAUCGCAAGUGGGGAGUUACGAGCUUCCUCGCCUACUGGAUCUCGGACGCUUUCAACGCUGCGACAUGGCAAUUCGCCUCGAGCAUCAUCGCAAUCGGCCUCACCUGGCGCGAGUCCGUCGGCAUAGUCGCCCUCGCCUUCUUCAUCAUCUCCUUCGUGAUCGCGCUCAACGGCGCAAUCGGCGUCAUCCACCACGCGCCCUUCCCCGUGCUCGCGCGCGCCUCAUGGGGCUUCUGGGGGUCCUACAUCGCCAUUGUCUCGCGCGCCAUUCUCGCCGUCUUCUGGUUCGCCAUCCAGACCAUGAACGGCGCCAAUGCCGUCAAGUGCAUGAUUGCCGCCAUCUGGCCGAGUUUCUUGACGCUGAGGAACGGCAUUCCCGAGUCCCAGGGCAUUGAGACGAACACGAUGAUUAGCUUUUUCUUGUUUUGGCUCUUCUCUGUGCCGUUCCUGUGCAUGCAUCCGAACAACCUGAGGUGGCUGUUCAUGGCUAAGAGUAUCAUUGUGCCGGCCGCCUGGAUUGCCAUCUUGAUCUGGGCGUUUGUGUCGACAGACGGGGGGGACAUGUGGAAUCAGAAGGCCACGCUCUCCGGGUCGGCAUACUCAUGGGGUUUCCUAUCGAGCCUGACGAGCGUCAUCGGCAAUUAUGCCACGCUAUCCGUGAAUCAGGCCGACUUCUCACGCUACUCCCGCGUCAGUGUAAAAUGGCAGAUCAUCUACGUCCCCUUCCUUCCGCUAGUCUUCACCUUCAUCGCCUUCAUCGGCAUCGCCGCCUCUUCAGCCGGCGCCGUCAAAUACGGCGAGCUGAACUGGGAUCCGAUCGCGCUCAUCUCGCACUGGGACAACCGCGCAUGCCGCUUCUUCGGGGCCUCCAGCUUCGCGCUCGCCGCCCUCGGCGUCAACAUCUCUGCCAACUCACUGUCUGCCGCCAACGAUCUAACCGCGCUGUUCCCGCGCUUCGUCAACAUCCGGCGCGGACAGCUGCUCUGCGCCGUCCUCGCAUGGGCGCUGGUGCCCUGGAAGAUCCUCGCGAGCGCAGGCUCGUUCCUGAACUUCAUGGUCGCGUAUGCGAUAUUCCUGGGCCCCAUCGCGGCCAUCAUGGUCUGGGACUUCUGGCUCGUACAUGCCAGGAAGUACGACACGCUGGCGCUGUACCAGCCACAUGGCAUCUACCGCUACACGUACGGCUGCAACUGGCGCGCCAUCGUUGCGUUCCUCGUCGGCGUCAUUCCUAACCUUCCGGGCCUCAUGCACAGCAUCAAUCCCGGCAUCGAGGUCGGCGUGGGCGAGAGGCCGUAUCACUUUGGCUGGUUCCUGGGGUUCGCGGCGACGAGUCUGGUCUAUGUUGUGCUCAGUGUGUUUGUCGCCCCGCCGCGGGAGACGUUCAUCGACAAGGCUGUGUUGCCGGAUGAGAUCUAUGACCAGCACGGUGUUAUGGACGAAGGUGCCUCGUUUGGUGGGAGUGGCAGCGGAGAGGAGGGUGGUGCGGGCGAGAAGGCGGGCUGGAAGGCGCGGUUGACUAAGAUCUUGUAG